AUGGGCGAAGUUGAUCCAGCUUUCAUCCAAGACCUCGAGCACAGGCCAAAACUCCCCACCAUCGAAGCUGAAGGAAUACCCUUGAUCGAUCUUAAUUCGGCGUUGAACUCAGCUGAUGCAGUUCCGGACGCUAGUCUGGUUUCCGACAUAGGUGACGCUUGUAAGAAAUGGGGUUUCUUCCAAGUGAUAAACCACGGGGUGCCAUUGAAGAAACGUGAGAAGCUUGAGAAGGCAACCAGGGAAUUUUUUUACCAGCCUUUGGAGGAGAAGGUGAAGGUUAGGAGAGAUGAAAUGAGGGUUUCAGGGUAUUAUGACUCCGAGCAUACGAAGAACGUUAGAGAUUGGAAAGAGGUGUUUGAUUUCACAGUGCAGAAUCCAACCAUAGUUCCAGCUUCUACUCGCCCUGAUGACAAACAAGUGGCUGAGUGGCAUAAUCAAUGA